AAAAUGCAUCAAGCACCUUUGAAGUACGGCAGAGGGAGAUAAGAGUUAUAAAUCCAAAGGAAUGGUAGUGGUGAGAGCAUCGGCAACAUAAAAGUUGGGUCUCCAAGAUUUUAUCGAAAACAUGGCUCUGGGUGUGGAAGGGGUGGCGGGGGAGCUAAGAUCAAUAUACGCCACCGGCAAGACCAAGACUUUUGAGUGGCGGGUUUCUCAGUUGAAAGCCAUUCUCAAGAUAACUGCGCACCAUGAGAAAGAAAUUGUGGAAGCUCUUCACUCUGACCUCAAGAAACCAGAACUUGAAGCUUUUCUUUAUGAGGUUUCUGGAGUAUCAUCAGUAUGCAAGUAUGCAUUGAAGGAAUUACAUAGAUGGAUGAUGCCAGAAAAAGUGAAAACAUCAAUGGCCACUUAUCCCUCAUCAGCUGAAAUAGUGUCGGAACCUUUGGGUGUCGUGUUGGUUAUAUCGACUUGGAACUAUCCAUUUUUGCUAUCACUCGAGCCGGUCAUUGGAGCUAUUGCAGCUGGUAAUGCUGUAGUCUUGAAGCCAUCAGAAAUUGCCCCCGCAACGUCCUCGUUGCUUUUGAAACUUCUUGGGGAGUACAUGGACACCUCAGCCGUGAAAGUCGUUGAAGGUGCUGUGCCUGAAACAACUGCAUUGCUGGAACAAAAGUGGGAUAAAAUAUUUUAUACAGGUAGUGGCAAGGUGGGACGGAUUAUAUUAGCUGCUGCGGCAAAGCAUCUUACACCAGUGGUUUUGGAGCUUGGUGGCAAAUGUCCGGUGGUGGUUGAUUCAAAUGUCAACCUAAAAGUCACUGCAAGACGACUAAUCGCAGGCAAGUGGUGUUACAACAGUGGACAAACCUGUAUUUCGGCUGAUUAUGCAAUAACUACAAAAGAAUAUGCUUCAACUCUGGUGGAUGCUCUUUCAUCUGAACUAGAGAAAUUCUACGGAAAGGAUCCUGUGAAAUCAAAUGACUUGUCAAGCAUUAUAAAUUCCUACCAUUUUGACCGCUUAACUAAGUUACUGGACGAUGAGAAGGUUUCUGGCAAGAUAGUUCUUGGAGGUCAAAGGGAUAAAGCCAAUCUAAAGAUUGCUCCUACUAUUGUACUGGAUGCCCCAGAAGAUUCUUUGAUCUUGAAUGAGGAGAUUUUUGGUCCUUUACUUCCCAUUGUCACGGUCAACAAAAUCGAGGAUUCUAUUACCCUGAUUAAAGCUAAAGAAAAGCCUCUUGCUGCAUAUCUAUUCACAAAUGACAAAAAGCUCAAGGAAGAAUUCAUUAGAAGCGUCUCUGCAGGGGGCAUCGCCAUUAAUGAGAUAGCUCUACAUGCUUUAGAGCCGACUUUGCCAUUCGGAGGUGUAGGAGAAAGUGGAAUGGGAUCAUACCAUGGGAAAUUCUCUUUUGAUGCUUUCAGCCAUAAAAAGUCAGUUUUACAACGUGGAUUUUCUGGGGAUCCAGCUGCAAGAUACCCACCAUACACCCCUGGGAAGCUAAAAUUUCUGCAAGCCAUGUUAAGUGGCAGUAUAAUCCGCAUUCUCCGUGCUUUGAUUGGUUGGUGAGAUUUAUUGAAUUAUAGGCUAUACGUGUGUACCAAUUUAUGAAUGCUUCAACUAUGAAGUAAUAUGUCUUAAUCUAUGUUAUGCGAGUUUGUGGGGGCUGUAAUCCCAUGAUUAGUUGAUGUGUUGUGGCUAAGUAGGUCCAUUUCUGUUUUCAGAUGUUUUUAGCCAUUCUAAUGCAAGCACAAAGGCUAAAAACUUCUGUACUUGGUGUAAUCUGAGUACUAUAACUCAUUUGAAUAUCCAAUGUAUAAAAUCAAAUAAUCUAUUUCAUUC